AUGGAUCAUCAGGUAGACCUGCACGGGUCUGCACAGCUUGAAAAUGCCGACGACGGCGACGGCGACGGGGACGGAGAUGCCGAUGCUUUCGGUAACAGCGACUCCUCGAGUGCAUCAUUGCGGCAAAACAUCACGCUCGAAGAGGUCGCAUUUGUGCAGGAAGCUACAAAUCGCACUUCAGUGGCACUGCAAAGUCUGGACGUCCUCGGACACCUGGAGUACGAGCUGCAGGUCGGCGCGGGCCCCAGCGCCAAGAGCAAGGUGGCCUUGGCUCUGAUGGAGCUGACGGUGGUGCCUGGAGUGCUGGGACUCGAUCGAUGCUACAUGGGUCAGUGCGGCCUGGGGAUUGUCAAAGCAGCCACGUUCGGAGGCUUGACGGUCUGGUUCAUCUUCGACUUCUUGGCAGUUGUGAUGACCUGCCUGUCAGGGCACAAGUACAUGAAUGCCUUCGGCAUGAAGGGCAAGUUUAUUGAUAACGAGAUCACCUUUGCAUUCUGGUUGGCGCUGGUGUGGAUAUUGGGCAUGUUCAUGAUAUGCUGCACGCAGUCUGUCUUUCUCACAAAGCUAAGUAUCGUGUCCCAGAUCAUUCAAGUGAAGUGCCGUGUCACUAGCUUUUUCGCUGCUCAGAAGACAACCCGGUUGUUCCGCGGCGACGGCUACGGCCGACGUGGCGACUCGAUAUUCCUGAAGAAGAAACCCCAGAGAAGGCUGGCUGUGAUUGUUGCCCCCAACAUAGCUCCUCACACAUCGCUUGGGCAGGCUUAUCGGAUCUUCGAUGCUCCGAAUGCAUCCUGGAAGGCGCUGCAGUGCUGUGGGAAAGACAAAGCUUUUCUGUGGAGCCAGGACCAGCCCCAGUGGGUGAUGCCGGACGUCCUCAAGUUUGUCUUAGCAGGUUCACCGACGGCGCAGGCGGUCGACUCUGGGCCGGGAUCCUUCGGGCCCAGGCAUGUCCCCACGCAGGAAGCAUCAGAAAAGGAGCAGGGAAAUCCGGUGAUGAAGGCCGCCGAGGAAGCUCGAAAAGCCGCAGCCGAACAGUGUCGCAAGGUAGGGACACCACAUGCGCCGGGUGAUUUGGCAUUUCAGAGGAGCCAAGCUGUGAAGCUGUGUCGCUGCUUUUCUUCUGGACCGCCAUUGCCUGCACUGACACCAGACUUACCCGGACCUGAGGAAGCGAUGCCGAUGCCACAGAACAUCACGAAAGCGCAAGAAGAAGCGCAGCGCUAUGUCGACCAGCACGGCCUGGAUCGCCUGGUGACGAAGCUGAUGAACGGCAUCAUUGCCGAGAAGCCGGAAGAUCCCAAGCUCUACAUGAUCAAGUGGCUUGCUGAGCGAUGCAGCGACGAUCAGCUUGAGAAAGGUGGCCUGGAACGCAAGAGUCACUUGGCAGUCGAUCUAGUUGCACAGAAGCGCGAGUCUGGAUGGGACCGGAAGCAUCCGGUGCUCUUCUCCAGGGACAACGAUCGCCUUCAGGUGAACAUGCGAAGCUAUUUCGAUCGAUGGAAAGAUGUAGAUGACGGCACCCAUGAGAAGGAGCCAACUUGGCGACUUCGUGUUGAGAGAAGGCCGCUGAUAGCGAAGUCGGCCUCGGAGCCGUUCAUGCCAAAGUUCCAGCCACAAGGUGGAAGAUAUGGUCCAUGGAAUCCCGUGGAGGCUCCAGAUUCCUGGACAAUUGCCAUUGAAGCAGACGGCCAUUGCAAGAUCAUGAUGCAGCCGAUAUCAGCGGACUCUGCAGGAAAGAGUCUGAGACCAGACAGCGCUGCCACAUGUCCCAGGGAUUCCCAGGGCUUGCGCAGCUUUUCCUGA